AUGAACGAUACCGCUGCUGAAUGCUCUGAAGCUUUAGAUCCCCGAGUACAGAUUGAACUUGAACGUUUAAACACAGCUACAGAUGAGAUCAACCGUCUCGAGGUUGAGCUAGAUGAAGCCCGUCUUGCCUUCCGACGUCUUCUCGCUGAAGGUCAUCUACGUAUACAGCAGUUGACAAAGAAACUUGGUACCAGCGUUCACAAAGCAAGGCCCUAUUAUGAGGCUAGAUUUAGAGCUAAUAUUACCUCGCAAGAAUUGCAAGCAGCGACUCUCGCCUAUGACAAAGCAAACAGUGCACACGCGGCCGCUAGGGAGAUGGUGUACCUGGCGGAACAGGGCCUGGCGAGGCUCGCUGAGGGCUCCGAAGGCGGUCUCACCCUCGACCCAGCGUGGCAGGAGAUGCUCAACCAUGCAACACACAGAGUCAAUCAGGCUGAGGCAGACCGCGCCUCUGCUACGUUAACGCAAAGAACUAAGGCUGCGUCACACCGGGCGGCCGCGGCUUUAGUGCAGCAGUUGCAGAAUGGCCUGAAGAGGCACAUAGCCAAGUCUAGGCCGCACGACGUCGCCCAGCGUGCUAUUCUCGUGCCGUAUUUCGAGGAGAAAGCGCGUAUCAACGCAGCGCUAGAAGCGCAGAAAGCUCGCAUCCAAACCUUGGAGGAGCAGGUCGCCGAAGCGAAGCAGCAGUACUCGUCGGCUUUGAGGAACUUGGAGAGGAUAUCCGAUGAGAUCCAUCGCCAUCGAUCCAGACGGCAGUCGACUAGAAACGAUCGGUCGACGAUAACGGACACGGCCAGCGAGUCCAACAACAGCGAGAACCUGGAGGAGCUGUGCGACCACAGCGCGGACGAGAGCGUGCGCGAGUGGCUGCGCCGCGCCGCCGACGCCCAGCGUCCGAGGGCCGGCGAUACCGACACGUGGACCGAGAUCGACUUGGACUACUCCAGCCCCGAGGAGAUGAGCUUCGAGAAGUGCUCGCUGCGCCCUCGCUCCAGCCCCGAGAAGAGUCCCUCGCCGCCGAGUCCGGUGGAGACUCGCGUUUCGGCGGCCUCGCCCCGCCGCAUCAUCCGCGCCGAGAGGGGAGCCCUACGCGGCCAACUGAGGGGGGGGCUCCGCCCCGAGAUGGCCGACGCAAGGCGGCAGAGCCUCGACGCGCUACUGCACGACACCGGCGAAAGGGUGAAGGAGAUGUUCCAAGGGCUGUCACUAUUCGGGGAGAGACGCGGUUCGGGCUCGGCCCCCCGCACCCCUCGACGCCGCUCACCAACCGCCUCCUCCGCCUCCUCGGAUCGCCACUCGGACACGGACAGCCUGCCCAGCGUGGAAAUGCUGUCGGACGACCAGAUAGCUUCCCUCAUGCUGGACGCAAAGCUGGAGGCGGUGUGCGAGCGGCUGGCGGGAGUGGCCGUCACCCAGCCGAGGUCUCCACGCUCGGCCGAGGCGCGAUUU